AGGUAGGACGAGGUCACGUGACUGGGAGGGAAGCAACCUGAAAAUCCGAUGAAGCAGUCACUCGCACAGAAGGAGACUUUGUAUAGUGGAAGCAGGAACUCAUUUUAUUUAUUCUUUUUUUUUUUCCCCCUCCCUGGGAAACACAAUGGCCCUGAAAGAAGACUUACUGAAACCCAUCUGGCACGCUUUCACUGCCCUGGACGUGGACAAGUGCGGAAAGGUUUCCAAGUCUCAGUUGAAGGUCCUCUCUCACAAUCUCUGCACAUUGCUGAAUGUCCCACACGACCCGGUGGCUUUGGAGGAACAUUUCAGAGAUGAUGAUGAAGGUCCAGUGUCUAACCAGGGAUAUAUGCCUUACCUCAACAAGUUCAUCCUGGAUAAGGUACAAGGAGAAUUUAACAAGGUGGAGUUUUAUAGAAUGUGCUGGACUCUGUGCGCUAAGAAACAUCUGGUUAGGAGCCCGCUAUGCAUAAGCGAGGACAGUGCCUUCAAAGUGUGGACAAUAUUUAACUUCCUGUCAGAUGACAAGUACCCACUGACCAUUGUUCCUGAAGAGAUCGAAUAUCUGCUAAAGAAGCUGGCUGAAGCUAUGGGCAGUGGCUGGCAACAGGCCUUGUUCGAGGACUACAAAAUUGGCCUUCAUGACAAGCCGAGUGGACUGUCCGUCUGGGAGCUGAUCGAGCUGAUUGGGAGCGGACAGUUCAGUAAAGGCACUGACUUCACCACUGUAUCCAUGGCGAUUAACGAAGUCUUUAACGAGCUUGUUUUGGACAUCCUUAAACAGGGGUAUCUGUGGAAGAAAGGACACAAGCGGAAGAACUGGACGGAACGGUGGUUCGUCCUGAAACCUAAUGUGAUGACGUAUUAUGUCAGCGAAGAUUUGAAGGACAAAAAGGGAGACAUUAGCCUGGAAGGCAGCUGCUUUGUAGAGUCGUUACCGGACAGAGAUGGUAAAAAGUGUCUGUUCCUUGUAAAGUGUGUGGAUAAAAGUUACGAGAUAAGCGCUUCGGAUAAGAAGAAAAAGCAGGAGUGGAUUCAAGCUGUUCAGACUGUGGUCAAGCUGCAGAAGAUAGGUCUGUCCUCGCCACACAGAGACGCGCGACAGAAGCGGAAAGCGCUGCGGAAGAAACAACAGGCCGAGCAGGAGGAGCUGGAGCAGAAGAUGAAGGAGCUUCAGACCUCGAAUGAGAUGAAACAGCAGGAGCUGGAGCUGAUGAGGAUGCAACUGCAGGACGCAGCGACCCGCGCCGAGUUAGAGGAGAAAAAACGACUUGAGACCCACAUGGAGUUACAGGAUCGAUUCAAAGAGGACCUCCAAAGGGAACAACUGAUUCGACAAGAAAUGGAAAUGCAGGUAGCAGAGAAAUCUUCAGAAUUAGAGCAAUAUUUAAAGAGGGUUCGCGAACUUGAAGAAAUGUAUCACCGCCUGCAGGAGGCGCUAGAUGAUGAGAAACAAGCUCGCCUUGCAGAGGAGAAUGCCCGGCUUCUUCAGACAAGGCUCCUGGAAGAGGAGGCAGCAAAGAGAGCGAAGAUGGAGGAACUGCACAGAGAGCAGGAGAUGACCAUCAAGAUGACAGAGGCUGAGAAGAAAGAGCUGGAGAACAGCCAGGCCAUUAAGGAGCAAGCCCUGCAAGAGGCAAUGCAGCAGUUGGAGCAGCUGGAGAAGGAGCGGAUGGAGGCCCUGGAGCAGUACGAGCAAGUGAAAAACAACUUAGUCCUGGCAACUAACAAGACGAGGAGCUGGAAGGACAAGGUGGCUCAACAUGAAGGAUUAAUCCGACUAAUACAGCCAGGUUCUAAGCAGCCGGUGAUGACCACAAACUGGGGACCAGCUUCCUUCACCCAAGGGGAACUCCAGGAGAGGGAGAGGAAUUGGCAAGAGAAGAAGAACCCCCCUGCGGAUUAAGAACCUGUCCGGCAGUUACGGUCUGGAGCUGAAGGCAGAAUGCAGUCAGGAAUUAGCCUGGAGCGCUGGGAGAGAUUGUGGCUAGUAUUUUAAGAUGUGCUCACUUUUUUAAAAAGGGAGAACAUACGUAGUUAAAUGACUGAGUAGCUGUAAUAGUUUGGAUGCAGCAAUCUAACUGUGGAGGUUAUAAAGCAUGUGACUGUUUCCCUGCCUGGAACGUGACGCACGUGGGCCAGCUGAACCGUUAUUGGCUGGACCAGCAACUAUCCCAUCAUCGCGGUCACCUGGAGCUAAUGAGACACACCUGGGACGUGGCGCCAGCAGUUUCUCUUAGUGUCAGUGCUAAACCUUUAAUAAUAAAAUAUCUUAUCCUAGAAUAA